ACGUCAUCCUGCCCCAACACCGGCUGUCUCUCUGCACCAGACAGUUGUCAUUAACUGCAAGUCUAACGGUAUCUUGGAGGGAAUACAUAGCUUCACCUUUUGAUCUUUAAAGUUACUUUAAAGUGACAUAUUUAACGCUGUUUUCUGAGCCAGCGUUGACCUACAGCACAAACAUGGUCUUAAAGUCGGAAGACGGAGUUGUGCCUGAUGACCUCAGUCCAGAGGAGAGACAGGAGCUGGAAAGCAUCCGCCGCAGAAAACAAGAGCUACUGCAGGACAUACAAAGGCUGAAGAAUGAGAUAGCAGAGGUGACCAAUGAGAUUGACAGCCUGGGCAUAACUGAAGAGAGAAAAAGUAUGCAGAGGAAUAAACAGAUGGCCAUGGGCCGAAAGAAGUUCAACAUGGACCCCAAGAAGGGGAUUCGCUUCUUGAUUGACAGCUCCCUGCUGAAAAACACCAGCAACGACAUCGCCCAAUUUCUCUACAAGGGUGAGGGGCUUAAUAAAACCGCUAUCGGCGACUACCUAGGGGAGAGAGAUGACUUCAACAUUGAGGUUCUGCACGCUUUCCUGGAGUUACACGAGUUCACAGACUUGAACCUGGUUCAGGCUCUCAGGCAGUUCCUGUGGAGCUUCAGGCUGCCGGGUGAGGCUCAGAAGAUUGACCGCAUGAUGGAGGCGUUCGCCCUGCGAUACUGUCGCUGUAACCCCGGAGUGUUUCAGAGCACAGAUACCUGUUAUGUGUUGUCAUUUGCUGUGAUCAUGUUGAACACCAGCCUACACAACCCUAAUGUGAAGGACAAACCCUCCGUUCAGAGAUUCACAGCGAUGAACAGAGGCAUCAAUGAUGGAGGAGACCUGCCAGAGGAGCUACUCAGGAACCUGUACGACAGCAUCAAGAAUGAACCCUUUAAGAUCCCAGAGGAUGAUGGAAAUGACCUCACACACACCUUCUUUAACCCUGACAGAGAAGGAUGGCUGCUGAAACUCGGUGGACGAGUUAAGACCUGGAAGAGACGCUGGUUUAUUCUUACAGAUAACUGCCUCUACUACUUUGAAUACACGACUGAUAAAGAACCCAGAGGAAUCAUUCCACUGGAAAAUCUGAGUAUCAGAGAAGUUGAUGACUCCAAGAAACCGAACUGCUUUGAGCUCUUCAUCUCAGACCACAAAGAUCAGGUGAUCAAAGCAUGCAAGACGGAGGCAGACGGACGCGUUGUCGAGGGAAACCACACCUUUUACAGAAUCUCCGCCCCGACCGCAGAGGAGAAGGAUGAAUGGAUCAACAGCAUCAAAGCCGCCAUCAGCAAAGACCCGUUCUACGAGAUGCUGGCUACUCGGAAGAAGAAGGUCUCCUCUCUGAAGGGGCUGUAGAGCUGCUGAGCAUCAAACAUUGAAAGUCUUGACUUACUGCAGCAGACUGGAUGUUGACCUGAUACUCGUGCUGCUGCAGUGACACUUGGACCUCACAGAGAGGAUGUAGCUUUAAAAGAAGCUGUUUUUUGUUUUCUGAACUGGUGCACCUUCAGUACAAACACCUUGUUCUCUACAGUUAUAUUCCCAUCUAGAGAUAAAGUCAGUUUUUAUAUCCUUCUUUUGAACACUCUACUUCUGCAGUACUGUAUCGAUGCUGUGCCGUCUGGUUAGAACUACCACUCCACUUACAAUCUGCUGUAUGCGUGAUUCCCCUCGUACAGCUACUCAAGCAGGAGAGGUUAUCAGUCCGAAUGAAACUUACUGAAAGUUUGCAUUUGAACACAAGGUGAGGAAAAAGACACCUGCUGCUGUUUGAUCAAAGCCUUUCUUCACGCUGUGAAAGACACUUUAAUCUUUAUUUUGAUCAGUUAAGGUGUUUUUCAGACAUGGAAUAAACCUAUAUUAUAGCUGUUAAUGAAGAUAUCGGAUGGAAACCAAAUUUAGUCAUCUCGUCUGGGACGCAGGACUUUGUUUAGUCAGAUUUGCCAUAAAUGGCGCCUUUCUAAGCCAGUUUUCUUACUGCUGUUGGUAUUUUGUCAAAGAACUGUUGAUGAAAAUGAAGGUCAUGCAUAAAUAGCUAAUUAUUUAUUUAUCCAGAUAUCUUGUAAUUUAUUGUUCUGAGUUGUGUCUCAUUAAAGGCUUGCAAUCCAACAUUCAA